AUCACGGCUGCCUUUCCCAGACCUGGUCUGGGAGGCGUAUGCUCCCCAGGCAUCAAGGAAUGUACCUAUACGCCAAGGUUAAAGUCAAUGUAGUAAGUUUUAUUAUUGAAUGCUCCAUCUCUGAUUUUUCCCGGCCAACGCCCGUCGUGGCAUUCCACCCUGUCACUCGUCGUUGCAAGGGACGCGAAUAGCUCUCUGAGUGGCUUGCUCAUAUCCAUGGAUCCAAGUCGGAC